AAAAUCGAAAACGUCACACAAAGUCAAAAUUGGAAUAAAAAUGUGAACAUAAAAAAUAUAUACCACAACAAGACAAAAAAUAGCAGUGAUGCAGCUACUACACGAAAACAAAACUCUUUUGAUGGGCGUGAAGGAUAGGAGCAUGAGCACCAACGUGAGCGUGAAAGAACAAUUGGAGACCAUGGAGGUGAAAGAGAAGAGGUCAUCGGAUGCAUCAUUGCUCCUGAUGAACCCGGUAGCAAGCGGUGACAAUGUUGCUACCGGGCUCAACUCGGCUCACAAACUAAAAGAAGAACUGCCACCGCUCGUGCCGUGCUGCGAAGGAAGAGAACUGCAGAUAAACGAAGACCUGGUGAGAAGUGGACUGUCAGCAAUUUCCGUGAAACACGACAGCGUGAUACAAUGUUUGAGCAUGUCACGCGCAUGUGAACGGAUGCAAAUACCACCGGGUCUCGUAAAGCAUCGAAAUUCCUUCCGAAGCCUUCACCGGCCCGACUUGAAGCGUGUUCCGUACCUGCGUCGCAUGUCCCCUGACGAACUGGAAACACUAUUUCGUGGAUACGCAGACUUACCCACACGAGGGAAUAAUAAAAGUGAUUUUAGAAAGGGAUCCAUUUCAGACGUUCGUGAUGAGAAACCCAAGAACAAACUGCCACCCGAUGAGAAUGGUCAAGUAAUAGAAACUGACCAAAUUACCAGACCUGAUGAAGGUAACGGUGCCAACGCAUUACUUCCGAUCCUGGAGACACGGUCGGGCGCCGAGGACGUGCCUGCCGGCAUGAGGCUGCAUGGCGCACGGGCGAGGCUCUACACCUCCGUCCUCGCCGGUGCCAAAGUGGGUGAUCAGUUGGAUGGUGUUUCAACUCACGAAGACUUCGACACACGAGUCCCCGAUGACCCAGUUCCCGACGAAGAAGUCCAACUCAACGAGGAACUACAAAUCAUUCUCCCUCCACGCUAUGAUGACGUCACAGCCGACUCUUCCAUUACAAAUAGUUCCAUGGAACAAAACUGCAGCUAGACCAAAAUACACCACACCACAAUGUGUUAAGGUACAGAUUAGAAAAGAUCGAAUUUUUAAUGAAGUUCAAUGUGAUACUCAGUAUUGGUUUGAAAGCUCGUCGGAAUAUGCUAAGGCUGGUAAGCAUAUCAAGAAAAAAAAUUGCUAGACUAGCCAUGUACAUGGACUGGAUGAUCAGUGACUUUGUUAAGAAAGUUUGAUUUACUAUCUAUUCCCAUUAAGUCUGAAAUAAAAUACAGUUACGAUAUUUUUGUACGACUAUUAUUGGUACUCGAGUUCACAGGAAUAAAACUAUGUGUUUCAAGGGUGAAUUUAUAUUGAAUUUAUCUUUCUACAAUAUUAUACAAUAGGUUUUUAAUUAGCAACGCUUGCGCGCUAAACCCGACGGUACAUCACCAUUUAAAUUAUAAAUAUUUUUACAUCACCGUGCAAAAUAGUUGCUAGAAAUUUUAAUUGCACUUUAAGUUGAAAAUAAAAUUGAUUAUCAAAGUUAAAUCAGUUCUAAAUUUGUAAGAGCAUGACCUAUUGUAUAUUGUCAUGUCUACGAGUAUUACCAUCGAUCAAUUCAAACAUUCUAGAAAAUAAUCAUACAUUAAAUGU